AUGUCUUCAGUCUCUCCCGAAAAUGGAGACACGGGGUUGGAUAACUUGGAGACCUUGUUACCAACGUACUGGAGCACGUCCUUUACCAAGAUCUGUCUCGGCAUGAAGGUCGAUGGAGUAACCAGGUUCUUUCGAGUGGAUAAGGCAGCAGCCUCACUGUAUGCCCUCAUUGCUGAUGGUCAGUACCGUGCAACCUCCCUGGGUCGAGAUGCAUGGAAGGGACUGGUUGGUCCCAAAGCCUCCCUCCAGCGCAACUGUAAUCGAGAAGGGUUCAAUACGCAGGGGAAUUCAAAAUCUAAUCCUAAGGUGCGAAUUGGUAUCAUCGCUAACGAGCAAAAUGAAUGUAAUUCCCCUGAUUCCAGAAUCGGGUUUGGUGGAUGGGGACCGGUAGCCGAAGUCCCGUGUGGAAACGUAGCCAGGCACGGCGGGGACAACGAAGACCAAACCAUCAGAGCCUUCGGAUACAUCUUCGUUCAGUAA